UUCUAGUUCGUUCAUGUUUAUUAAUGGAGGAGAAUCAAGAAACGGUGAAGAUGCAUGAUGUGGUUCGAGAAAUGGCAUUGUGGAUAGCAUCUGAUUUUGGAAAGCAAAAAGAAAACUUUAUAGUGCAGGCGGGUUUACAGUGGAGGAACAUACCUGAGAUCGAGAAGUGGAAAGUUGCAAGAAGGGUGUCAUUGAUGUUUAACUACAUUGAAAGUAUACCUGAUGCUCCUGAAUCUCCUCAACUUAUAACUUUGCUCCUUCGAAAGAACUUCUUGGCGCAUAUCUCAAGCAGCUUCUUUCGGUUGAUGCCAAUGCUAGUUGUUCUAGAUCUAUCAAUGAACAAGGAUCUCAGACAUUUGCCAGACGAAAUAUCAGAAUGUGUCUCAUUGCAGUAUCUGAGCUUAUCACGGACAAGGAUAAGGCUUUGGCCUGCUGGUUUAGUAGAGUUGAGGAAACUUAUAUACCUGAAUUUGGAGUACACAAGGAUGGUAGAGAGUAUCUGUGGCAUAUCAGGUUUAACAAGUUUGAAAGUGUUGAGAUUAUUUGUUUCCGGUUUCCCCGAAGAUCCCUGUGUUUUGAACGAGUUGCAGCUUUUGGAAAAUUUGCAAACUCUAACCAUAACUCUAGGUCUUGCCUCUAUUUUGGAACAAUUCCUUAGCAACCAAAGGUUGGCAAGCUGUACACGAGCUCUGCGCAUCGAGAAUCUUAAUCCGCAAUCAUCUGAAAUCUCAUUUGUUGCUACUAUGGACAGUCUUCAAGAGCUUCAUCUUGCACACUCUGACAUUUCUGAGAUCAAGCUGAGAAAACUUCCACUCAAUUUCACGAGUGUCCCAAGAGGUGAUCUUGUCAUAGAGGCACAUAAAAAAUGGAUAGAAAUCCUUGAAUGGGAAGAUGAAGCCACCAAAGCCCGUUUCUCGCCUUCAUUCAAGGCUUUUCCGGAGAACAUCGACGAUGAUGGCUAUGAGAUUUCCAUUCCGAGUUCAUGACUUCCUGUUGCUGAAUUUGAG